AUGGAAGAAAGUGAUAGCUCUCAAUUAGAGAAUGUAUAUCGCGAACUCGCUGCGAAAUCAAGGCCAACGCCUAGCCGCUACAAACCCCAGGCCCCUGAUUUCUCUAACCUGAAGGAAACUUGGCCUUCUUUUCCAAUGGGUACGACUGCCAGUACUGCUGAGGUUGUUGAAAAGCUAUCUUUUCUAAGUGGCCGCUUUCCAAAUGGCUAUAUUCCGCCUUACGAAUUGGGCAUGCGGCUCUUCAGGGGACAAUUCGUUCAGUUUCUCGACGAGGAGGAAAAGGCACAGGCUAUAGCAGACGCGAAGAAACUCUCCCAGCAGCGUGCAGACAAAUACUCGCAGCGGAAAGGCGAUUUAGUAGAACCCAAGGACGUCGGCUUCGUUCCGAUGAGUGCAGAGUACAGGAAGUCUUUGGUACAGUCCUACAUCCAAGGAGCUUAUCCCAAACUCAGUACUGAAGAAGCUGCCCAAUCGCCUGUUCUCAGCGAGGUGACGAAGAAUCUUAGAAAUAACGAGUCUUACCAGGCGGCCGGUAAGAGCUCCCAAUUUGUUGCCAAAGUGGAAUCGCUCCUCUCUUCGGCUCGCCCCGUGAGGCGAGCCUAA